AUGGGUUCGUCGGCAGCCUCGCCCCGCCAAUUUGAGCAGCAGCGCGUCCCCCAAAGCAUAUCACGGUCUGUGACUACAGAGACGGAGAUUCCAGAUGUUUCUCCCUUGACUACUUUCGCAGAUGCGCAUGUUGCCGGCCAAUCCUUGAAUCCCGAUCAUUUUCCAAGCCCGGUAUGGAAUCCCGCGCCUGCAGUUGCGACCCUCUACGACUUCCCGACCUUGGAGCCCCUUAAAUUCCUCGAAUACAGCCAUCAACACCUUCUUCUACCAUUGCGGCGGGACAUACUACAUCGUGCGAUUGUCUACGAAGGCGAUAAAACUCGACAGGGGACUGCUAGUACAAAGUGGAGAGACGACGUCCACGGUAGUGGUCGGAAAAUACGGCCGCAGAAGGGCACUGGAAGAGCCCGGCUGGGAGAUAAAAAGUCACCAAUGUUGAGAGGUGGUGGUGUUGCUCAUGGCCCUCAUCCCCGAGACUUCUCGACGGGACUGCCCAAGAAAGUCUACGAUCUGGCAUGGCGGACAGCUCUGAGUUACCGGUAUCGACGUGGGCAACUUAUUAUAGUCAAUGACAACAUCACCUUUCCACAAGAGGUCAGUCCACACUGGCUCACCGACGUUUUCGAGAAAAACCAAUGGGGCAAGUGUUUUGGACGGUCGUUGAUGAUCACGGAGGUGAAGAAAGAAAGACUGUUUAAAGCUGUGGCACAAAUUGGGCAACACGCACGAGUAUUGGACCGGGAAGAUGUUGAUGUGAAAGACCUCCUCGAAACUGGCCGGUUAAUUGUUGAGAAAACGGCAUUGGACAGAAUGUUAUUCCGUCAUUCUAGGGACCUGAAGACCAGACCUGCGCGGGCGUGA